AUGCUUUCUAGGGCCAAGGAUAGCGCCUGGCAGCCUCCGACGGUAGGGAUGCUGAAUGUAAUGUGGAAGCUGUCGAUCCCUCCAAAGAUACCGAUUUUCUCUUGGAGACUUUUCACUGCUAGACUUCCUUUAAAGGACUUUUUGUUAUCAAGAGGAGUCGUUAAUAUCACCUCUAAUCCGCUUUGCGUGUUCUGUGGGAAUCAUCCGGAGACAUUGAUUCAUUUGUUCUUUCUUUGUCAUGUUUCCAAGACGAUGUGGAGUAGGGUAUUCUUGUGGUUGGGAGACGAGAAAACUUUCUCGUUGGAGGAGUUUAUGGAUUUUGGAACUUUGCAAAUUAAGGUGAAGUCUCAUAAUGAUAGGAGGAAGAUUAAUACUAUUUGGAUUGCAAUAACUUGGGGUAUAUGGCUUAUGCGUAAUGCUAUCAUUUUCGAGCAACUCCCUUAUAGUUUUGAUGUCGUGUCUUAUAAUGUAAUGUUCUUUUCUUGGAGUUGGUUGGCUAGCAAGGAACCGUUUUCCUCUUCCUCUAGCUUUUUCGAUUGGUAUGUAUUACCGUUAGGAUGCUUUAAAGCCUUGUAG